AUGACGAGACAACCAAGAGGGGCGGGAGAACGAGACAACCAAGAGGGGCGGGAGAACGAGACAACCAAGAGGGGCGGGAGAACGAGACAACCAAGAGGGGCGGGAGAACGAGACAACCAAGAGGGGCGGGAGAACGAGACAACCAAGAGGGGCGGGAGAACGAGACAACCAAGAGGGGCGGGAGAACGAGACAACCAAGAGGGGCGGGAGAACGAGACAACCAAGAGGGGCGGGAGAACGAGACAACCAAGAGGGGCGGGAGAACGAGACAACCAAGAGGGGCGGGAGAACGAGACAACCAAGAGGGGCGGGAGAACGAGACAACCAAGAGGGGCGGGAGAACGAGACAACCAAGAGGGGCGGGAGAACGAGACAACCAAGAGGGGCGGGAGAACGAGACAACCAAGAGGGGCGGGAGAACGAGACAACCAAGAGGGGCGGGAGAACGAGACAACCAAGAGGGGCGGGAGAACGAGACAACCAAGAGGGGCGGGAGAACGAGACAACCAAGAGGGGCGGGAGAACGAGACAACCAAGAGGGGCGGGAGAACGAGACAACCAAGAGGGGCGGGAGAACGAGACAACCAAGAGGGGCGGGAGAACGAGACAACCAAGAGGGGCGGGAGAACGAGACAACCAAGAGGGGCGGGAGAACGAGACAACCAAGAGGGGCGGGAGAACGAGACAACCAAGAGGGGCGGGAGAACGAGACAACCAAGAGGGGCGGGAGAACGAGACAACCAAGAGGGGCGGGAGAACGAGACAACCAAGAGGGGCGGGAGAACGAGACAACCAAGAGGGGCGGGAGAACGAGUCAACCAAGAGGGGCGGGAGAACGAGUCAACCAAGAGGGGCGGGAGAACGAGUCAACCAAGAGGGGCGGGAGAACGAGUCAACCAAGAGGGGCGGGAGAACGAGACAACCAAGAGGGGCGGGAGAACGAGACAACCAAGAGGGGCGGGAGAACGAGACAACCAAGAGGGGCGGGAGAACGAGACAACCAAGAGGGGCGGGAGAACGAGACAACCAAGAGGGGCGGGAGAACGAGACAACCAAGAGGGGCGGGAGAACGAGACAACCAAGAGGGGCGGGAGAACGAGACAACCAAGAGGGGCGGGAGAACGAGACAACCAAGAGGGGCGGGAGAACGAGACAACCUAG